AUGAGACCGCCUUUGCGAGACACGAGACCGCCUGUGCGAGACACGAGACCGCCUGUGCGAGACACGAGAUCGCCUGUGCUAGACACGAGACCGUCUGUUCGAGACACUAGAGCGCCUGUGCGAGACAUGAGACCGCCUGUGCGAGACAUGAGACCCUCUGUUCGAGACACGAGAGCGCCUGUGCGAGACACGAGACCACCUGUGCGAGACAUGAGACGGCCUGUGCGAGACACGAGACCACCUGUGCGAGAAAGGACACCGCCUGUGCGAGACAGGACACCGCCUGUGCGAAACAAGAGACCGCCUGUGCGAGAUAUGACACCGCCUGUGCUAGCCAGAGCUGAUGGAGAAGGCUACAGUAGAUAUUACAGUCAUGUUGAUUACCAAGAAUGUGACAAGGGCCGCAGUUUUUCUCAUGAUCGAAGGAGUGGCCCACCUCAGAGAGGAGAUGAUUUCACAAGCCAAUGGUCUGAAUACAGGCACAAGAGAGAUGCCUUUGGAAGAGAAAGUUUCUGCUCUUCCCAUUAUUCAAGAGAACGGUCUCCCCAUAAAAGAGACGCUCCUUUUUUCAGAGAGUCACCUGUAGGCCAGAAGGAUUCCCCACACAGCAGAUCUGGCUCCAGGCUCAGCAGUAGAAGCUCCUGCUCAGAACGAAGCAGGACACACUCCUCCCAUCAAUCUCAGUCUGGAAGUAAAGAAAGGUGCAUUCAGUCUUUGAAAACAUCAAGAGAUAAUUCACCCUCAAGUUCUUCAGUAGUUUAUUCAUCUGAGAUGUUAGACAAACCUAGCCGGCUAACUGAGAGGGAACUUGCCAAGGCUACAAGCAAAUCGGCUAAUGAAAAGCCAGAGAAGGCAGAGGAAAGUAACUUGAUUGAGAUUUCAGAGUUUGAGGGGGGAUCCAUGGCACCCUUAUUUAUCGACCAGACAGAAGAACCCGAGUCGAACACACCAGAUGGCACAGAAUUAUAUGAAGACAGCCAGCUUAGCAGACGCUCUAAAGCCAUUGCAUCAAAAACCAAAGAGAUUGAGGAGGUUUACAGACAAGACCAUGAAACUUUUGGGAUGGUGGUGAACAUGCUAAUUGAAAAAGACCCUUCAUUAGAAAAAUCGAUACAGUUUGCAUUAAGGCAGACAUUACAUGAAAUGAGUAAGCAAUGUGUUGAAGAACUCAAUCAAUUCAUUACUGAGUAUGAUAAUGCUACCCAAGAUUUUGGAGACCAUUUUUAGAAGAAUUAGUG